AGAAGAAGAGGCGGCAAAUUUGGAAGGUACAGACCUGUGGUUUGUUGACGUCUUGUCGUACAGUUUCGGUCAUAUAUCGACAAAAUGUCGGAAGAGUGCGGCUAUUCUCCCAGCUUCAAGCGGCCUUCGGAAACCAUGCGCAUGCGAAGGAAAAGAUCCCGCAGCGAAGCUUUCCCCAGCCCGGGCGGUGGUCACGACGGCAGCGGUACAGGACAAACAAGCCCGUCGCCGCCUUCGUGUCCGUCCCUCCGUCCCUUCGCACCCGGUCCGCUUGUCGGCAAGCUGAGCCGCUCCGCCGGCGCGGCGAAACGCAGGAACCCGUUCGCCAACAUCGAGAACAGAUUCGGUCUCACCCGCGACGACGGGAAAGAUGACAAGAUGGAGUCGACGGCGGAGGGAGUUUCGACCGCCAAAGCAGAAGAUGCGGACGUACCGACGUCUUCUCCCGAGUCUUCCCUUCAGUCUUCCCCUGGUUCCGAAGGGGGGGACGUCCAGACGCCAUUGUUGAAGACCGUGGCUCCUGAACCCGCAACGCCCUCCCUCUGCACGGAAUACCCGAUCGACUGGAGCCUGAAGACCCGCCUGCUCUUCUCGUCCUCGCUGACCUUGGCUUGGACGGAGCAUCCAAAAGCUCAGGAAGAAGCGUUGGGGCUGAGCCAGCACUGCAGGACACACUUCACCACCGUACCACACUGCCUGCAGGAUGCGAGGUCGUGCGUGGAUCUGCGUUGCGCCUUCCAGCAGAGUCUGAUCUACUGGCAGCACCCCAGCCUGCCGUGGGUGCCGCUCUUCCCCAGGAUGGACGCUGAGCGGAGGUUCGCGGGCACCAGCGCCCCCUGGGCGCACGAUGCGGCGCUGCAGCAGAGCCUGAUGAGCGAAUGGUCGGCCGCUCUGUCGUCGCUGUACGGGCUCCUGAAGGCCAGGCUGUGUCCGUACUUCUACGUGUGCGCGCAUCAGUUCACAGUGUUGUUCAGGGCGGCCGGCGUGGGAGGUUCCAGCGGCGUCACCGCCACGAUGUCCCCCACGAGCAGAGGCCUCCGAGACGCCAUGGAGGCUGAAGGCAUCCGCUUCACGUUGCCUCUGAUGGAGGAAAGGAGGAAGUGCGGAGAGCCGCGGGACGAGGAUGACGACGAAGACGACGACGACUGCGGCGGCGGCCUGUCCUGGCUGGAGGAAAUCGGAGUACGGGACAAGAUCAGGAAGCCAGACGGCGUCUCCGUUCAACUCAAAGAGGGCCGGGCGGCCAUUGUGGACCACAAGCCGGAGUCGGCGGCAUGCGUGGAAGGAGCGCACACCUUCACGCUCAUCAACUUCCUCAUCAACUCCAAGGGCGUGGUCGCCACGGCCGGCUCACAGGCGGGACUUCCUCCCACGCUGCUGGCCCCCCUCGCCUUCAGGGGUGCCGCCUUGCACACGCUCAAGGCGCGUUGUGUGAACGUGAAGAGCCAGGUUGGUUCCACCUACCAGAACGUCAGCAGUCUCGAGAUAGCAGGACCCAUCCUGCCGUCCUCCCUCCACGCCAUCACCACUUUGCUGGGACCCGCCCAGAAAGGGAACUUUUCGGCUACGCUCUACACUCACACGCCGACGGCCGUCCUCAACGUCCACGAUCCCCGGCAACAGGUAGAACCAUCCCUGGAACGUUGUUCGAGUACAACACGUUUACCUUUUCACAUGGGAUCCAUGCAGUGCGAAAGCGGCUCGGCGGACCUGUCCCAAUGCGGCCUCCAUCCCGCCUCCGUCAGGCAGCUGCAGCGACCGUCUGGCCUGGGAAAGUCGGCGCUCACGCAGAUCACCAUGAAGGACUACAGCUACGCCUGGAAGAACUGAUCCUGGUGCUGCUUUUUCCUCCUAUUUUCUACACAUUGUGUUCUUUGGUCUUACUUUUUUAUAAUUAUGCACAUUAUAGCAUAUUAAUAAAUAUUUUCCUUUUAAUGCAGAGGUCUUCAAAUGACCUCAAACUAGGACCACAUUUUACAGUAUUUUAGUCAAAUAUUUCAGUGACUUAUUUUUGUAUUUUCUAAAUUCUAUGAAUGAAUGAAUAUACAUUUAUGUAUUUAAAACUUUAUU